AGGGACAUGUACAGCCAUUACGUGCUGCUCAAGUCCAUCCGCAACGACAUCGAGUGGGGCGUGGUGCAGCCGCCGGCGGGCGAGGAGGCGGCCCGCAAGAAGGACAAGCUGGGCGGCGGGCCCGCCGAGGAGGGCGAGGGGGAGGAGGACCUGGAGAAGCAGUUCCACUACCACCUCAGCGGACUACACUCCGUCCUCUCCAAGCUCACCCGCAAGGCCAACGUCCUCACCAACAGAUACAAGCAGGAGAUCGGAUUCAGCAGCUGGGGGCAGUGA